CUUUACUCCACCGUCCGCCUCCGCUCCCAUCUAUUCUCCCCCCUCCUCCCCUGAAACCCCAGCUUUGCAUGGGCAGGCGCUUCCCAGCCGCCGCCCUAGCCGCCGCUGUCCGCCCCUACGUCCGCUUCUCCCCCGCCGCUAGCAAGGCAGCGAAGCCCCCGACCGCUCCGCUGGAUACUCCCAGGAACGCCGGCCCCGGCGCCGCCGCCGGGGCUAGCUCUGGACGGGCCGAGGUGCGGGAUGUGGCGGCGGCAUGCGGGAUGCAGGAGGACGACCGGGUGCCGCUCGCGGAGGUGGUUUUGGACUGCACGAAGCGGUGGUUCCAGGACACGCUCAAGGAGGCGCGCGCCGGCGACGCCGCCAUGCAGGUCCUCGUCGGCCAGAUGUACCGCAGCGGCUACGGCGUCAACAAGAACGAGCACAAGUCUAGAAUUUGGAUGGAGAAAGCAUCAAGAUAUCGGUCUACAGUCUGGAAAGUUAGCCAUAAACGCCCAGGAUACAAUGCUAGUGACUCAGAUUCAGAUGAUGUUACGGAAACAGGCAAAUAAUGGAUAUUUCCGAGUUAUGGGAUUGUUGGCAGGGGCCUGCAGUGACUACAAAGCCAGCAAGGCGGCACAAACUAUUCAAAUAUGCAGUUGUUUCAGGAAGAAUUAUCUGUGUCCCCAUUUGUUAGCCCGAACGGUGUUCUGUUUUCAUUUCCUUUUUAAAGUGUGUUAAAUCUGCUUGUCAUCACAAAUGUAAAAUUUCUCGGUGUUUCAACUGGACAUAUAACAGCAUCAACAGGAUAUUCAUUUACACAGGUAUUCGUCAUGCAUUCUAAUUCUGGGAA